AUGGCAUCUACUAUUUCAAAUGCCGACGUUAAAAUAGUCGAUGAUAAUGCGGAGGAUCUAGCAACAGCACCACCCGUUUUAGAUAACCAAAAUGUCUCGACGCUGCAACGUUUGAAAACAAAUUUAUAUCCAAUUGGUUUUCUGGCAGAAACAAAGAAACUUGUUUUCCUUGCUCUUCCAUUUGUAUUCAGUGGCAUACUAGCGUUAGCUAGUUCAACGUAUGAAAUGAUUGGAACAUCAAUGUUUUGGGGUAUACAUUUUGCAAGUGAUACACUUUUACCUCAAUGUUAUGGUAUGCAAUUUUAA